CACUUUGGCUGUCUACCAUGGACGCCAAGAGUUCCUGGCUCGCCUCAGGGAAGUUUCACCUUAGGUUUGUAUCACGGGAAAUGGCCUUGGCAAAUCUCCUUAUUCGGGAUUGGGAACCCGUUGGGCGUGGAGAGUUGUGGAAUAUGUUGCGUAUAUAAGUCAUAGUAGGUUGCCUGGCUUUGCGAUCUUCAGUCCGGCACUCAACUUUCAAUUCUUACCUCUUGGUCUAAUCAGUACCUCUCUGUCGCCGGACGAUAGACGUUUUUGUCCCUAUUGUUUUUUUAUCCUCAAAGAACCUCCUCCUUAUUCCCCAUCGGACGAUUCAACCAAUCCACCCCGACCUCAUCUCUCCUAUCUUCCAACCUCCAAACAUCGACCAAAUUCGGAACCAUGCACUCCCAAUACUUCCUCUUCGCACUCAUCACGGCAUGUGUUGCCGUCCCUCUAAACAUCAACUUGGGCGCCUACUCCCCGGCCCUGGUAGUCGGUGAUGGUGAAAUUUCACUAGGAUCCACGGAAAGCGCAUCAGAGCUCAUGGCAACCCUCGCAUCUGGCGCAGCCGCAAAUGGAAACGCAGCAGGUGGUGAACAACAACAAGCAGCGGCCAAGCGCGCACCCAACCUCGUCCGCACCCUCGAAUCCCUCCACAAGCGUUCCCAAGCCGAGGCCGCUGAGGCCCAGAUUGCUGCUAUCGAAUCCGCCUUCGACUGGAUCAAGCGCGAUCUUCCAGGUUUCAAUGCAGCACUUACUUAUGCGAGGGAGGCGAUGCAAAAUACACCUAAGAUUGAGUUGGGCACUCCGAAGUCUGGUGUGGGCAUUGUUCAGAAUGCUGGUUUGAAUGUGCCGGCGAAUUCAGCGGCCAAUGGUGCGGCGGCCAAGGCUAAGAGGAGUGAGGCUGCGGAGGAAGAAGUGGGCGAGGCCCCGAAGAUGACGCUGGUGGCUAUCACUGAGGUCUAA